UGUGAUCAUCCUCCUCUUACAUGUCUGAGGUGUGUGGUAGAUUUUUGCAAGAAGAAGCACCGAUGCCCUCACCCGGGAUGUUCCAUUUCUGUUUCUCCUAACAGUCCUACAAUUCAGUGGUUCAUUGCUAUUCUUGAGGAAAUGUUUAGAGAAUAUGAAGCAACUUACACUCCACCAGCUCCUAAAACUUCUGGAAAAGAAAUAUUGAAUGUCACGGUUCUAAAUGGAGAUGCUGCACAAAUACCUUACUUACCUUUUAUGACAUUAUCAGAUGUCCAGAUGCAUAUCAGUAUCAAGCUGAAGAUUCCUGCUAAUAAGCAGAAGCUGUUAUAUGAAGAUAAGGAAGUUCAGAUAUUCAAACCAAAUGGUCAAUCCUUCACACUGUCAGAGUGUAGUAUUCCUCCUUAUGCUACACUUUACCUUGUGGUCCUGCUGUACGCCAUUCCCGAGGCCUUUGAUCAUGUGGUGUUUGAUCUUUACUGGGGUUAUCCAUCCUCUGGCUGUGAUUAUUUGGAUGCUUCCUGUUUAGUGUAUCAAAAUACACAUUUUUUAAACCUGGUAGAUUAUCGUCAUUGUUCAAGGCAAGGAAUUACACAUUCUGGGGAUGUGAUGAAUUCUCACACAAGAACUGGUCAUCACACAAUCCAUGUUUAUUUAAAACAACUCCCCAGUAAUGCAACUCAUCUAUUUUUCACCCUUAGUGCUUGGAACAGCCCUAACAUUUCAAGGUACCCCAACCCUAGCCUGAAGUUCUAUGAAGCCAGCAGUGUUCACAAAGACUUGUGUAAAACAACCUUUACACAUGCAAGGUAUUCACAAGCUGUGAUAAUGUGCUCCGUAUCCAAAAACAGUCAAGGAAGGUGGGAGAUCUAUGAAAGUGGAAAGCUGAGUGCUGGCAAUGCAAAGAACUAUAGUCCAAUUAAAAGCACAAUCAUUAAUUUGAUCAAGACAGGUUAUUGAACUCACAAAUAAAUAUGUAGUACAUUUGGAUAGUACAAG